CAAUACAAAAAGCUAAAACCAUAAAGUGUGAGUGAACUAACUCUAUCCAACCCUUUCCCCAUUUCCUUCGCCAGCCAUGUCGUUGCCACCAGUGCCGCCACCGUCGUCGCUGGCAACUCCGUUCGCAGCGCCGCCGACGGAGCUUCCAAUCCGGCAGAUUCCGGGAAGUUACGGGUGGCCGAUGCUGGGCCCUAUGUCAGAUCGGCUGGACUAUUUCUGGUUCCAGAAACCAGAGAGCUUCUUCAGAAAGCGAAUGGAUAAGUACAAGAGCAGCGUGUUCCGUACCAAUGUUCCUCCAUCGUUCCCCUUCUUCAUGAACGUGAACCCUAGCGUCAUCGCUCUACUUGAUUCCAAGUCUUUCUCGCACCUCUUCGAUAUGGACCUAAUCGACAAGAAGGAUGUUCUGAUCGGAGAAUAUGUCCCCAGCGUCGCCUUCACCGGAAACAUCAGAGUCGGCGUUUACCAGGAUACUUCUGAACCUCAACAUCCCAAGUUGAAGAAUUUCUCCAUGGACAUCCUGAAACGAAGCUCCGGCAUAUGGGUAUCGGAGCUGGUAUCAAACCUGGACCUGAUGUGGGACAAGAUCGAAGUAACACUCUCGAAAUCCACAUCUGCAAGCUACCUUUUCCCUCUCCAGAAAUUCCUCUUCGCGUUCCUUUGCAAAGUCCUCACCGGCGCGGACCCUUCACGCGACUCCAAAAUCGCCGAUUCAGGGUACGCCAUGCUUGACCGUUGGCUCGCCCUUCAGAUCCUCCCCACCGUCAGCAUCGGCAUCCUCCAACCCCUCGAAGAAAUCUUCCUCCAUUCCUUCGCCUACCCUUCCUUCCUCGUCAGUGGAGACUACAACAACCUUUACAACUUCGUCAAACUACACGGCAAGGAAGUGAUAAAGAGGGGUGAAAUCGAGUUUGGGUUGAGUCAAGAUGAGACAAUCCACAACUUGCUUUUCAUCUUGGGUUUCAACGCGUUCGGUGGGUUUUCGGUUUUCCUUCCGAGUCUGAUAGACACCAUAGCUAGUGACUCGACCGGGUUGCAAGAGAAGCUGAGGAAGGAAGCGAGGGAGAAGGGCGGGUCAACUCUGGGGUUUGACUCGCUGAAAGAGAUGGAGCUCAUUCAGUCGGUGGUUUACGAAACUCUCCGGCUGAACCCGCCGGUUCCGCUGCAGUACGGUCGAGCCAGGAAGGAUUUCCGGCUCAGUUCGCAUGACUCGGUGUUCGAUGUGAAGAAGGGUGAGCUGCUGUGUGGGUACCAGAAGCUGGCAAUGAGGGACCCAGUCGUGUUCGAUGAACCGGAGAGUUUCAAACCGGACCGGUUCACGAAGGAGAAAGGGGCCCAGUUGUUGAACUACUUGUAUUGGUCCAAUGGGCCUCAAACCGGGUCUCCCAGCGGGUCCAAUAAACAGUGUGCUGCUAAAGACAUUGUUCCCUUUACUGCGGCUUUGAUUGUGGCCUACUUGUUGCGCAGGUACGAUUCCAUUAAAGGGGAUUCCAGUUCCAUCACUGCCCUUCAAAAGGCCAAAUGAAGGGUCACGAUUGAGGAUUGCUUUUUAACUGCGUAUUAUCAGAGACUGAUAAAUACGUGUUUUCUCUCUGGAUGUUGUAUUUAAUCAAAGAGUGUUUGCUCAUGUGAUUACGAGUUUAAUUAUUAUUUAAUAACUACUUAUAAUAGAGCGUAUAAAUGCAAGUUUAUGUAAACAUCUCUAUUAUUUAAUUAUUUGAUUAUAACGUAGGCUGAAGAG